CUAGCUCCUUUACUCCUCCUCCUCCCUCCUCGCCGCUCGCCGCACGACCUCCUUCCUCGCCGCUAGCCGCUCCUCGCCGCACGACCGCCUUCCUCUCCUCUUCCUCUCACCUUUGGUCCUUUCUCCCUCGCAGCUGCAGCCUCGUCGGAUCCAUCGCAGCAUCACAGGGUCGGCCCUCGCCUCAGUCUAUGCUCGGCCGUCUCUCGCCGUCGCUCACGGUCUGCUCCCUCCCGGACACGCUUGUCGAAACGUGUCGGGCAAAGGUUGACCACGUGUCGGAAAACCCGACACACGUUGACCGCGUGUCCGACCAUGUCCGAGUUUGUCCGUGCUUCAUAGAAUAGAACCAAUUAUGACUUCAUCAUGAAAGCUCGAGAAAAAAGCUUUGCGCUAUCUUGGGAGUUAGAUCACCGAUCACAUUUCUAGGUGGCUAUAAAAUGAUCUGAGAACUUUUCCCCGUCCUCUCCUCGCUGAUAGUACUCAAAUGGACAACUACCGCCUAGAUAAAGUUCAUAAAUUUGAGGAGUUUGUUGAUCAACGUCUGAAACCAGAUCUUGUUCGUGCCAUAUCCGAGCGGGAUAAGGUUUUCGAACAACAGAAGACUUUCUCAGAUUUACGAAAGAAUAUUGAGAAUCUUCAGAAGAAUAGUGUAACUAGUCUUAGGACAUUGGUCAACCUUGGUUCUGAGGCAUACAUGCAGGCGGAGGUGCCAGAUAUGCAACGCAUGUUUGUAGAUGUUGGACUAGGAUUUCAUGUGGAGUUUACAUGGUCUGAAGCUUUGAAUUACAUAUCCCUAAGGGAAGAGAAGUUAGCCAGGCAAAUAGAAGAGUACACCCAUCAUAUUGCAUCAAUUAAGGCACAGAUAAAGAUGGUAUGCGAGGGAAUCAGGGAGUUGCUUCAACUUCCUACUGAAGCGACCCUACAGGAGCCCAUAUUCUGAUGCCAAAUUAAAAUUGUCUAGCUAGGUACAAAGAACGUGCAUGGUUAAGAAAUGGCGCCACAAAUAAUUUACUAGAGAUGAAUUUCCAUGCAACAUGUAAAUCAAGAUUGUAGAGCAGCAAUACCUCGUGCUUCUACCCUCUAAAUUUAAAUUCCAGUGUGUAGGAUUGUUGGGGCCAUCAGCAUAUUCGUUCUCUGGCCUUUUUACAGCCCGACUACCUUCACCACUAUAAAGAGCGUCCGAGUGAACUUGGAAUCUGCCUCACAAUUCUAUGAGGCAUCAAUUUAAAGUUUUGGCAUUCUUUUAUUGUUCUUGGUCACGUCUUUGAAUACAUUGAGUAGCUAUGAGGAUCUGAUAAAUACUACGUUUGUAGCUUUAAUUAGUGUAAACUUGUAGCAAGACA